GGGUCGUUACAUUGUGUUCUAAUGGUUAAUAUAAUGCAGAAUGGGGGCAUUUGCGACGUCCGACAAACUCGUUAAAUCGGAAGCCCGUCGUGCGUCGAGGACCCCCCUGUGGUCGCUCUGUGUGAAUCCCUGUCGCGUCGCGUUGCGUCCCACCGAAAAACGGGAUCCGCGCGCCCUCUACUGGUCGGCCUUUCACCGUGCGUCUCGAAUUUUAAAAUUACUGCUUAAAAAGACACAGUUUGCUGUUAUGGGGUGUUUCAGGGGAACCGAAGUCGGUAGCCGUGCUAUCAACGCAAAAAUUGCUUGAUUGUUACAUCAAGUCGUAAAAGUUAAAGGAGAAGCGGAAGUGGUGCCGGAAGCUGGAGGAUGAGCGCGAGCCUACGCACGAGGGGGCGGGGGGAAGCGGGGGCACUGUGGAGAAAUGGGGACCUAGAGGUGCUUUGCGCGUUCCGGUGCGCGAGGGGGCGCUGCUGAGCACCACAGGCCGGUGGCGGUGGUGUGAAAAGAACCGGGGGAAGCCGGGCAGCAGCGACGUUGGUCAGAGAUUUUCUCCGCUGCCCUACACUUUCCUUUCAUCUGGAGCUGGCGUGGUGGAGUUGGCGACCCGUGUGUUUUUGUCAAAAGGAAGCGCGGGCAUAUGCUUUUGACAAUGGGCGACAUCAGCGACCUGGACAGACAGAUCGACCAACUCAGACGGUGUGAGCUCAUCAAGGAGAAUGAGGUUAAGGCUCUGUGUGCCAAAGCCAGGGAGAUUCUAGUCGAGGAAAGCAAUGUUCAGAGAGUGGAUUCUCCAGUUACAGUUUGUGGUGAUAUCCAUGGGCAGUUUUAUGAUCUGAAGGAGUUGUUUAGAGUUGGAGGUGAUGUUCCAGAGACAAAUUACCUCUUUAUGGGUGACUUUGUGGACCGAGGAUUCUACAGUGUGGAGACUUUCCUACUGCUGCUUGCCCUUAAGGUGCGAUACCCAGACAGAAUCACACUGAUUAGAGGGAACCAUGAAUCUAGACAAAUUACCCAGGUGUAUGGCUUCUACGAUGAAUGCCUAAGAAAAUACGGCUCUGUAACUGUGUGGAGAUACUGCACUGAAAUCUUUGAUUACUUGUCACUCUCUGCCAUUAUUGAUGGCAAGAUAUUCUGUGUGCAUGGAGGCCUCUCCCCAUCUAUACAAACACUGGACCAGAUAAGAACCAUUGACAGGAAGCAGGAGGUUCCACAUGAUGGGCCUAUGUGUGACUUGUUAUGGUCUGACCCUGAGGAUACCACAGGGUGGGGUGUGAGUCCAAGAGGUGCAGGGUACUUGUUUGGUAGUGAUGUGGUAACCCAGUUUAAUACUGCAAACGACAUUGACAUGAUCUGCAGAGCUCAUCAGCUUGUCAUGGAAGGGUAUAAGUGGCACUUCAAUGAAACUGUACUGACUGUGUGGUCAGCGCCAAACUACUGCUACAGGUGUGGGAAUGUAGCAGCAAUACUGGAGCUGGAUGAGCACCUGCAGAAAGAGUUCAUUAUAUUUGAAGCAGCCCCACAGGAAACAAGAGGCAUCCCUUCCAAAAAGCCAGUGGCUGACUAUUUCCUGUGACCUCACAGUUAUUCAAACAUGACACAAACCACAGGAGAACUGUUUUAUUCUUGCAUAUUCCUUGUCCUGCCCCCACAAUUUCUUAAAUGCUCCCCACUGUAUUUUCUACCUCUCAGUCCCCCCCCAAAACCUGUUAGGAAUUCUCCCUCUUGAUUCCACAUAACCUUUUAUGCACCAACCACUCCCCGCUAUUUUCUGAUACUGAUAUUAUGAAUUGUGUUCUGUUAUACAUCUGCAUACUACUUCUGUGACCGUUAGCUUUAGUGUGAUAGUUCAAGUGGCAUUGAGGGGAAACAGGCACAAACAGUGACAUUUUGGAAAGCCUAUUUAGGUGGAUGGCUGAAGAAACUCGAUCUGAAGUGGAUGAUGGUAUUCAUUUUGAAUUUUUUUUUUUUUUUUUUACACUGCUUAUUUCUUUUCCUUAUCUGUGAAGAAAAAACAACAGUGAAUUAUUUGGUUUGGUUCUGUUUCCAUUUGUCUUCAGCAACUGUUUAAAAAAAAAAAAAAAAA